AUGAUUGAUAAUCUCUUGCAGUUGACAUUGCCUGAGGGUGAACGCUUCCAAGUUAUCUGUUCAUCUGUUAUUGAUGUUGACCACUUCUUUCUCCAGCAGCCACAACAUCCUUCAUUUAGCGCUUUGCGGCGUCUGGAUUGCUACAUGUUGGGUGUCUAUAUGCAACCAGCGGGUGUUCCAGAUUUGCCGAAACCAAUUGAUGGUUGGAGAAAUUUCAUGUUAUUUGAUAGUAUUCACAAACUUCAGUUAAUAACUGAUAAACUAUGUGUUGCACCUGCGUACGACGGUUGGUAUCGUGCCGUGACAGUUGAUUACUAUCCUGAAGAGGAUGAAGUUCUUAUGAAAUAUGUAGAUUACGGUGGUUAUAGUCGUCUGCCAAGAAGUGAUUUGCGGCAAAUACGAACUGAUUUCAUGUCACUGCCGUUUCAAGCUACCGAAUGUCGUUUGGCGCACGUAUUACCGGUUGAUGGCUCAACAACAUGGUGCGAUGAAGCAAUGGAAUUAUUCUUAUCAUUGAUACAAGAUCGUAUUGUAGAAUGUUAUGUUAUCGGCUAUCACAUUAACGAUUCAAAACCUUUUGUUGAAUUGUUUACAACGGAUAGCAAUAAUAGGGUGGAGCGUGUUGACAAUGCUCUUCUAAAUGCAAAUCUCGCAAAAGCAUGGGAUCCAUCGAAAGUAAGACCAGUACUUCCAAGGCCUGUGCCAGUCAUACCUACACCUGUUGGUAAUGAAGAAGCCUUUGUAGCAGAUUAA